GCAUACAGCUGCUUGCUUGUCCAGCCACCCGGUGAAAUUUUUUUUGCUUUCCUUGUACAGCUGUAAAACAAAUUGUUACUCUUAUUCUUUUCAAUAAAUUUUGCUCUCCAAAAACAAAAUGGCAGCGUUACGGAUACUGUGCAUGGUCAUUUUCGCGGUUACCGGCGCCGUAGAAGUUUCCAGAGAGGAAUCUGCCAUCCAGUCAAGCUGCACCCUAACCGAACACGCUUUUAGUAUUCAGGACGUUGUCGCCAUCAGAGCGGAGAAUCGAAAGCGGAGCGAUGACAUAUUUGCCGAACAGAUUAUACGCCCAUGGCUCCUGGCUUUUAAUGGGCUUGCGCACUCUGUCGCCGUCACUGUCAACGAUGACGUUGAACACCAACCAUCGGUUUCAACGGACGACUGGACUAUUCGAAUUCUUACGUUUAGCGUCAGUGGUAAGGCGAGCGUGCCGUUGAACAUGACCGCUAUGCAGAACGAAGUCCACAGCACCAUCAGUAAAGCCGGAUUCGAGGACGUAUUAGCCGUAUUAAAGCCGCUGUAAUGUUGUUCAAGCGGUUUACCAUUUCGUGAUAACUUAUUGUGACCGACUUACCAUGAAUGCAGCCAAGCUGCGUUCAUGGUUCAUUUUAAUCGGAAGUUGAUCGAACUGAAUAUAAUCCUGGUUUUACUUUGAGUCUUCUUUUAA